UAAGCCUUUACUGGUCCCUGUACGAUGUUAGCAUGAUGUAGCUAGCAUACGCGAAUAGCACAAAGCCAUACAAUUAGCUUUUUAACAGCACUUGGUCAUUCGAACGAUAUAAAUAAAAGCAUUCGAUUAAGUUCGACGGCACCGGAAUUUUCUGUCGUACCGUCCAUAAAUGGCAAAAGUCCCACCAUAGGAUUUAUUUAAAUCUUUAAAAGUUAUACAUUUUCUGAAUCGUCAUUAAUUCAUCUUGUUUCUAUCAGUGAUUCGGCGUGAUCGGACAGUUCUGUAACUAUGUAAAUGACGUAAGAAGGAUACAACAGUGUUAUGCUAAGCAAAGCUGUUAUGCUUUGCUUUUAUGUUUGUUAUGUUUUGUUAUGUUCAGUUAUGUUCAGAUUAAAAUAUUUUGCGCAAAUAACAAGUCUGGAGUCACUGUCAAUCUUUACGUCAAUGCAAAACUAGGGCAUGCAACUAUUCAUCAAGGUCAUUGAUUAAUACCAUGCUGUACAAAGAAAAAAGGUGCGACCAAAUCAUAUGCUGGUGCGACCAACUGAGAAAGUUGGUAGCACCAGUGCUACCAGUGGAAAAGUUAGUCUGGAACCCUGCAUCACAGAUUAUGCUUCUUUCAAUACUGUAGUAGGAAAAGGAUAAUUAAAGAGGAGGUUGGGUGCAUUAAGAAUAACAAAGGAGAACUGCUGUAUAAAAGUAACGAUGUAGCUUAAAUGGCCUUAAAUGGCCUUAAAUGGCUACUUUGAGAGUUUUACCAGGGAGGAGGUUGGCUGCAAGGCAGACUCAAUAUUAUGAAUGUCUUUGCCAAUAUUGAGAGAGGGGAUAAAGAAAUAUUGGAUACUUUUCAUGAACUAAAGACAAAUAAGGCAGCAGGCCCAGAUGGAAUAUUACCAAGAGUUAAGUGAGAUCAUUUUUAAACCAGGAUAGGAGCACUGCCACCUCACAGCAAGGAGGUCCUAGGUUCGAAUCCCCGUUGGCCGGGGCCUCUUUGUGUGGAGUUUGCAUGUUCUCCCCGUGUUCAUGUGGGUUUCCUCCGGGUACUCCGGUUUCCUCCCACAGUCCAAAGACAUGCAGCUUAGGCUGAUUGGAGAGUCUAAAUUGCCCAUGGGUAUGAGUGUGUGACUGAAUGGUGUGUGGACUGGCAACCCUGCGAUGGACUGGCAACCUGACCAGGGUGUAUUCCUGCUUUCGCCCAAUGUAUGCUGGGAUAGGCUCCAGCCCCCCCGCGACCCUGAAGUAAGUGCAUCAUUCUAACCAGGUGUUCUAGUAUCGCUGCGGACUUUCCUCUAGACUCGGUAAUGUUUGAUUUUAAAUUGCUAAUUUGAACAGCAAGGGUUAGGGCUUGAGCCAGUUUGUCUAUUGCUAUUAAUCACUUCUACGAGUUGCAUACCUGUAGAGUGGUUGAACAUUUGUCUUAAAUAGCUUAAAUAGCUGUGGAAUUUAUCAGUAGAUUAGCUUUGAUUUGAUAUUGCUUGUGAGCAAUUGUAGGCGAUUUAAAUAGGCGUGUCAGAGCGACGCUCCGUCCCAGUUUGUGAUGUUAUAUUUCACCCCAUCCCAGUCUGCUCUCUCCCUCGAAGACCCCCCCCUGCGACAUGGGCCUCCACGGCGUCGGAACCCCUCGAACCUCAGCUACCCCCCGCUGACCCCCUGUGAGGACUUUGCUGUCACAGGGGGACUAUGGAACUGCCAGUCUGCCACUCGGAAGGCUGACUUCAUCCCUGCAUAUGCCUCCCUCCAGUCCCUACAAUUCCUUGCCCUCCGGAGACCUGGAUCACACCUGACAACACCGCCACUCCCGCUGCCCUCUCAUCCUCCUUCUCCUUCUCGCACACUCCCCGACCUUCCAGCCGUGGCGGUGGUGUACUGGUCUUUUAAUUUCCCCCUCAUGGAAAUUCUCUGUUCUCCCCCUCUCUGACCUGUCCAUAUCCACUUUUGAAUUCCAUUCUGUUGCAGUAUCCUACCCUACUAACCUUUUCAUUGCAGUUAUCUACCGUCCUCCAGGGCCCCUGGGAAACUUCCUUGAUGAGCUAGACACCCUUCUCAGCUCCUUCCCUGAGGAUGGCACCCCACUGAUUCUCCUUGGAGACUUCAACAUCCACCUAGAAGCCUCCCAGGCUGCUGCCUUCCUACCGAUUUUGCAGACAGCAUCAGUUAAAAACUGGAGAGAAUGUUCCGUCCAUCCCCCAAGACCUGCUUUUGAUGUCAGAGUUUGUUCUUCCUCGUUUCAUCAUCUGUAUCAUUCAAUACUUAAGGGAUGGGUACACUGAACCAGACUCCUCCACUGAGAGAGAUCUUCAGAAGGUUUUGCAGCUGCUUGUUCCCCAGAUCUCCUUCCUGGAAGAGUUAACAAAGAUGGGUGGGGCAAUGCGAACUGUCCUCACUAAGGUCUUAAUCAAUCAGCAGACAUUUACAGACUUGAGUAUGGGACAAGAAGAGAAUAUGUAUGCUAAGAAGAACUAUGACAAGUAUCUCUCUGCCUUGAGAAGCUCUGGCCUGGUCUCAGCAGAGGAGAAGACCGAGGCUAUAGAGCUUGCAGCAGCAGGGACUGGAGCAGGGCUAUUACUGGGAAGUACAGCAGCGGCCAAUCCCGAUGAGUCUGCUAAAGAGGAAGAGCCAGAUGAAGGCCGAAAUGUUGGAAAGAGAAAAAGGGUGAAGCUCAGCAGCAGUACCAAAGAUCCAUCCAUAAUGGAUACUCUGAAACAUAAAUGCUUAUUAGAGGAGUUGCUGUUUUGGACCAUAAAGUAUGAGUUUCCACAGAAGAUGGUUACGUUUUUAUUGAACAUGUUGCCAGAUCAGAACUAUAAGAUCGCCUUCACCAAAACGUUUGUUCAACAUUAUGCAUUCAUCAUGAAAACGCUGAUGAAGAGCCAUGAAUCAGACACUAUGUCCAACCGCAUAGUACAUAUCAGCGUGCAGCUAUUCAGCAAUGAGGAGCUGGCGCGCCACAUGACGGAGGAGUGCCAACUGCUCAACAUCAUGGUCACAGUCCUCCUCUACAUGAUGGAGAGCUGCCUUAUCAGAAGUGAACUUCAAGAUGAAGAAAAUAGCUGCCAUGUUGUGGUAAACUGUGGAGAAGCUCUACUGAAGAACAACACUUACUGGCCUUUAGUUAGCGAUUUUAUUAAUAUUCUCUCACACCAAAGUGUAGCAAAAAGGUUCUUGGAGGACCACUCCUUGCUCAUGUUGUGGAUGAGCUUUGUGUCCUUCUUCCAAGGUAUGAACUUGAACAAGAAGGAGCUGAAUGAACACGUGGAGUUUGAGUCCCAGACAUACUAUGCGGCUUUUGCGGCAGAGCUGGAGGCCUGUGCACAGCCCAUGUGGGGGCUCAUAACCCACUGCAAAGUCAAAGAAACACAGGAGUACACAAAAAUGGUUGUGCGGUAUUGUCUGGAGGCUUUGCAGUUGUGGUUUGGUGCAAUUGGCUUUGUAGAUGAGCCAACUCCCAAUCAAGUGACUUUUCAUCUGCCUCUUCACCGCUACUAUGCCAUGUUCCUGAGCAAGGCGGUCAAGUGCCAAGGGUUGGACUUGGAUAGUCUCCUUCCAGAUCAAGAAAUGCUCAUGAAGAUCAUGGUGCACCCUCUUCAGAUUCAGGCAAGCCUGUCGGAGAUCCACAGCAACAUGUGGGUCAGGAAUGGCCUACAGAUAAAAGGUCAGGCUAUGACCUAUGUGCAGUCUCACUUCUGCAACUCCAUGAUCGACCCUGAUAUCUUUCUGCUCCAGGUUUGUGCAUCCAGGCUGGAUCCGGACUACUUCAUUUCCUCUGUAUUUGAAAGGUUCAAGGUGGUGGACCUAUUAACCAUGGCAUCUCAGCAUCAAAAUGCAGUGCUGGAUUCUGAACAAGAGAGACCAAUGCUAGAGGGGGCUUUGACUUUUCUUGUUAUAUUGUCAAGUCUUCGCUUAAAUACAGGAAUGACUGAUGAUGAAAUUCUCAGAGCAGAGAUGGUCUCCCAGCUGUGCAUGAAUGACCGCACCCACAGCUCACUGCAGGAUCUCAUUCCUGAGAACCCCAACCCCAAGAGCGGGAGAGUGCCAGGCAGCUGCAGUUUUGAAGACAUGCUGUCGGUCGUCGCAGAUUUCAAGGCCCCUGUGUUUGAGCCUGGGGGCUCCAUGCAGCAGGGCAUGUACACUCCUAAAACUGAAGUCUGGGAGAAGGAAUUUGAUCCCAUCAUGGUCAUUCUUAGGACAGUGUACCGCCGAGAUGUCCAGUCAGCGAUGGACAGAUACUCAGCAUUCCUGAAACUCUCUGGGAUCCAUUCAGGAAAUCCAUGGCCACCCUAUAAGGAAAGGACCCCUCUGCAUCCAUGCUACAGAGGCCUUGUCAAACUACUGCACUGCAAGACAUUGCAUAUUGUUAUUUUCACCCUCCUCUACAAGCUGAAUAUCAUUUUGCAGAUUUCAAUGGACCAUCCAAAUAUGUCAGAACAUGUGCUCUGCAUGGUGCUGUACCUGAUCGAGCUGGGUCUGGACAACCCUGAGCAGGAAGAGAGUGAAGACAAGGAACCUUGUAUUGAAGAGCAUUGUCAUGACAGUUGGUUCCCUGGCACCAGCCUGCUUUCCAACCUGCAUCACAUCAUCAACUUUGUGAGGGUGAGGGUGCCUGAGACCACCCCGGCGGUGAAGAGGGAGCCCCCUCCGAGCACCAGUGCAGACUCCUCCAACUUCAGACAGAACCUACGGGAGGCACAGUUGUUCAGCCUUGUCGAGGAGCGCCGGAGGAAAUUCCAGGAGAUCAUCAACCGAAGUAGUCGAGAGGCCAGCCAGGCAACAAGGCCCAAGUCAACUUCUUCCCGCUGGGCCCCUCCUGGGGCACCGCUUCAGCUGGUCACUGAAAUCUUGGAUGUACAGGAGAGUAUGCUGUCUCUGCUCAUCAAGCUGCAUCACAAGCUCUCCAACAAGCAAAACUCACUCUCAUCAGAAUGGUUGGACAGUCCCAAAAUCUCUUGCUAUGUCCACGGGGACGGUCUCACUGCCAUUGAGCGCAUACUCAUCAAGGCAUCUACCCGCAGCCACCAGAGCAAGCACAGCAUUCGGGAGAUCUGCAUGAAGAUUUCCCCACCAGUGCCACCAAAGAAGAGCAGUCCCACAGAUAAGAAGGCCUUGGACAAAGAGGAAAGACGGCAGAAGGCCAGGGAGAGACAGCAGAAGCUAUUGGCUGAAUUUGCCUCCAGGCAAAAGAGUUUCAUGGAAACUGCCAUGGAUGUGGAGUCACCAGACACUGAUAUCUCCAUGGAUCUGGGUGCCUCCGAGCUAUCGGAGUCAGAGGUGCUCUACGACUGUGUGAUAUGUGGCCAGAGCGGCCCCUCAACUGAUGAGCGCCCCACAGGCCUUGUUGUCUUGCUCCAGGCUUCUUCAGUCCUGGGGCACCGAAGCAAGAGCACCCAGGCCAAGAAGCUGCCAACCAGUGACGAGGAAUACAUCUAUCCAGCAGACACAUGUGGGGCGGCCCACGACAUCAGGCUUGCACUCCUGCAGCGCUUCUUCAAAGACAGCUCCUGCCUGCAGUCAGUAUCCAUUGGGUGGGAUGGCGGAGUAUAUGUCCAAACCUGUGGCCAUACCUUGCACAUAGACUGCCACAAGUCUUACAUGGAGUCUCUGCGGAAUGACCAGGUGCUCCAGGGUUUCUUAGUGGACAAGGGUGAAUUCACCUGCCCCUUGUGUAGGCAGUUUGCCAACAGUGUGCUGCCCUGUCACCCCAGUCGCGGGACAGAGACCGGCACUUGGCAUGCCUACAGCACCAAGAACAUGGCAGUACUUGUCAAGGAAGUGGAGGACCUGCAGGACCAGCCAGGGGCCUUUCCAACCGAAUCCAACCGGACCAAAGAGAUGGAGUCUGUGAUCAAGGACAUAAAAAACACUACCCAAAAGAAGUACAUGGACUAUGGCAAGAACCCAGGAUCACCCGACAAUGACUUCCUGUUCAUGUAUUCUGUGGCCAGGACAAACCUGGAAUUGGAGCUGGUUCACCGUGGAGGAGAUCUAUGCUGUGGAGGAGCUAGUGCUGCUGCCAAGCGUUCUUGUCUCAAUCAGCUUUUUCAUGUGCUGGCCAUGCACAUGCAUCUGUACAGCAUCGACUCUGCUUACAACCCAUGGACCCGUCUUACGCAGAUCACCCCGAGCAGAGAGUUGGAGGCCUGCAGUGACGAGAGGCCGGAGGUCCCCAUGCUGUUCAGAGACGUACCCUCUCUGCUGAUUAUCUUUGUGCUGACCAUGCCUCAGCCACUACGUAAAGAACACUUCACCUGUUUAGUGAAGGUGCUAUAUACCCUACAGUACGUCCAGGCCAUUGCUGUACUGUCAGUGAAGUUCAGCCCGGAGGAGAGACAGGCCUGGAAAACCUCUGGAGGGCUUGACAAGAAUAUCCGGAAUGGAGAAAAGACAUGGGAGCCUCUUCUAAGCUUGGUUAUCAAUAAGCUCUCCAAGGGAAAGGGUGUUUAUGAGGCAGAUACACCAGAGAUGUCAAUGCUGAGCUCCAGUGUCUGGUCCCCACAGUCCAUUGAGUACAACCUCCAACAGUACUGCCUGCCCUUCCUGCGCCUUUCCAGUCUCCUACAACACCACCUGUAUGCAGAUGACCUACCAGGCUGUCCGAGGGAAGAGGAAUUUUCAGUCCUGGCUAGUGGUUUGGGGCUACUGUCGUCAACCCUUCAGCCGUACAGCCAGUGGAACAGUGCCCGUUGUCUGGAGUGGGUGGUGUGCCCUUUUGAGCUGACCUCUCUGUGGUGUGCUGAGGUCACAGGCUUGACAGAGAUGCAAGCAGAGCAAACACUGACCCUGCUCGUCCAGGAUCCUCACUGGGCUGGCCCCCACCUCCUCCAGCUACCUGAAAACUACAAUACCAUCUUCCAGUACUACCACGGGAAGUCCUGCACUGCUUGCAGCAAGGUUCCUAAGGAUCCAGCCGUUUGUCUCAUCUGUGGGACCUUGGUCUGCCUCAAGGGUCUAUGCUGUAAGCAGCAUGGUUACUGUGAAUGCGUAUUGCACUCCCAGAACUGUGGGGCAGCAACGGGGAUCUUCCUCCUGAUCAACGCCUCUGUCAUCAUCAUUAUCCGAGGCCACCGCUUUUGCUUGUGGGGCUCAGUCUACCUGGAUGCCCAUGGAGAAGAGGACCGAGACCUUCGUCGCGGAAAGCCACUAUUCCUUUGUGAGGAAAGGUACCGGGUUCUGGAGCAGCAGUGGGUGUCCCACACUUUUGACCAUAUCAACAAACGCUGGGGGCCCCACUACAAUGGACUGUAACAUAUUCCCACAAAUUCCCAUGCCAGGACAUGUGUCAGCCCUUAUGGUUGUGGUGUAAGAAUGGGCACAUACCAGAGGGCACACUGCCAGUAUGGCAUGUGAAAUCUGGUGUACAAUCAUGCCUGUGGACUAACAGUGUGUUUCAUGCCGAUACAAUCGAUUGUUGAUAAUUAAAAAGUGGAGAGAAACGGUGAGAAACUGAUCCUGAAAUCACAACUCAAGGGAUUUUUGAUACGGAGAUAUCUCUCGCCAUUUAAAAACUUGACCCCUUCAAGAAUUUAAGCAGUCAAAACAUUGGUUCAGCAACACUACAUUUUACUGGUGACCACAUUUCUCCCGAAUGUGUUCAUCAGCAGAAGAAAAUCUUGAAAUGCAUGGGCAAGGGUAUGUACCUAAAGAUGGUACAUUAGAAUUAAUAACUAAAAUAAGCUCCUUCAUGAAAUAUGCAUUUUUUUUUGUCUCUGCGUAAAAGUUCAAACACAUCUUUCAUAGUUGCUAUCUUGUGCUGUUUACUUCCCCUUUUCUGUAGAUUUAGUGCUGUACCUGUGAGUCUUUCAGAUGUUCGUUGGCAAAUAAUGGUAGGCAAUAUAGUUCCCACUCAUGAGUACAGCAUCCAUUGUAAGUCUGCAAAAAACUUCACUCUUAAGAUCUAGUUGCAGCUCAUCCUCAGGAAUAUAUAUUUUUUUGUUGAAGAUUAAAAUAAAAAGGUUAUUUAAAUACAUGCUGCUAUUCAUUGUAAAACAAUACAAUAUUAUUUUACAUUUGUAAUAGCUCUCUGAAAAUGCAUUGACCGAAAAACAUUUUGUUCAUGGUACAUUUUAGCUAUGAUAAGUUUGGGUUAACAAAAUUCAGUUGGAUAACUGAAUUUGAACUAUUGGUUUCCAAAAUAAGUACCCUUAGACCAGGGGUCACCAACCAUGUUCCUGGAGCUCUACUGUCCUGUUGGUUUUCACUCCAACCUCAGCAAAGCACACCUCAUUCAACAGCUAAAGAUCCUGUUGAGCUGCUAAUUAAUAGAAUCAGGUGUGCCAAACUUGGGUUGCAAUGAAAACCUACAGGAUGGUAGAUCUCCAGGAACAGGGUUGGUGACCACUGUCUUAGACUGUCACUUGGAUAGUUUUUGAAAGUUCUUGUGUUCAUAUCUCACUCUUCUUUUGCUCUGAUGGAUUUUACUAGCUUCACUCCAGAUUUGCUGGCCAUGCACAACCUCUUUAUGGACUGAUACGUUUUUAUUAUAUAACCACCAGCUGAACACUUUUGUUUUUUUUGGGUUUUUUUUAUGUUACAGAAUUGUGUGGUUUUACAGAAUUUUGAGGUGGUUGUGGCUUCACCACCAGAGGAACAUUUAGAGAAAAUGGCCUGAAACUUUAUGCUGAUGAAAUUCCCAGACAAACUGUGUUGCUUUUGAGGCCUGGUAUAUUUAUAACUGUUAUGAAGAUAAUGCUUUUUAAGCACUCUAAAAACCUAAAUCUAGUUAUCAGUCUUAUUGGGUUGUUUCAUUAGAUGCCAUUCAUUUAGGAGACCCAAUGAGUGGGUUGAAACCCAUGUAUGGAUGCUAAAUGCAUUCCAAAUGGGUGCCAAAUGCAGAUUAGCUUCGCAGCAAAUAACAGCAUAAUCUAAGCAGAUAUAUAAUUGAACAUACAUUGCACUUGUGUUGAUAAUAAAUAAGUUCAGCAUC